CAACCCCCCCCUUCGACCCAGGCGAAAGGACUAUCCACUCCAAACCCAACCCCGAACCUGCAAGGAAAAAAGACGAUCAAACCCCUCGACGUCAGCCUCAAACCCACAGAACCUGCUGCGCAAUCGGAUUCUGACGCAGACUCUCUCCCCGAGAAACCAGCUCCCCGCCGUGUCCAUCGUUGGAACCCAACAAACCCCAGGGCCAGGGCCAGGGCCAAGGCCAAGGCCAAGAAGCUAGAAGCCACUGCGCCCUCGGUCGCAGAGCAAACCGACACAGCGAUGGCAAAUGCACCCAUGCCGGCGCCGGCAUCCAAGACUACACCGGUAAUAGUCUUACCCCUCGUGGACGCAACCUGCCUCGAGGUUUGGAACCGACUGAUGGGAAUGGAAACGAUCAAGCGAGCUCGAAAACUUGUACAGAUGUUCGGAACCGAAGAUUCAACCCCACCCAUGCACGACCAUUCCGAGCUGAACGUUGUUGCCUAUUUUGGUUCCACGAUCGAGAUGAUGGAUCGCAAGACAAUCAUCGGGCGCCUUCGCAUCAUGUUCCACAAGGUUAAACUGCAUCGCCUAAACCAAAGCUUCACACUUCCAGGCGGCAAAGGCAGUAUUGGUGGUACAGUCGAUAGAAUUGCCGAGUUGGGAUUCAUCUCUCGAAGAACAGCCCAGGACUAUAUCGCAACAGGCAAGGUGUCGGAUACUCUUUGCGUCGGACACUGCGGCCUCUUGGUUGGUUUGCCGACUGGAAACGAAGGCCAAGACUGGGAUCAGAAUGAUCCCCUCCGCGCCUGCAACAUCAAAAUUACGGCUGCCAGGACUUUGCUACCGCUUGUUGCGCAAACUGACAAUCCCGCCAUCAGGCGCAUGUGUGCCAUGGGGGAGGAUGUCCUCGAGGUCAUCAUCUACGGAAAGCCGGUAUCGCCCGAGUUGGAGAACCUCGUGAGCAACGAGGACAUCGAGCUCCAAGAAGUCCUGGCUUUAUAUGAUGGCAAGGAGUGCACCUGCACAGCUAUGAAUUUGGGAAAUGAGCAAUGAGAUAUUAGAACUGUAUUGUCUGUAAGACGGGAGAUGAUGAUUUGUUAGCAGCAAGAGCUCUGCCAAGCAGGUGGUAUUAUAGCC